GAAGCAAUUCUUGGGUGCUGCUGCUGGAGGCAUAACGGGAGGAAGGAAUUGCACACACAUUCCCUCGAACGUUUCAUUUCAUUGAGAACCGUGCUGGGAGUUGGGUUGAUAGUGAAAAUUGAGAUCACUCUUACUCCGGGAGAAAUGCCUGUUAAUUGUGUAGAGAGUUUUUCUUUUUCCCUUCUUGCACUGAUAAUGUGCUACUGUGUCAGUGGCUUUCCGCUCAAUGCAACCGUGGAUCAACGUCAAACGGGCAGAUACAACAUCCAGUUUAACAUUAAAGAUGUGGCAAUAAUUUUCCAGAAAGACAGCGUUUGGGGAACAAAUGUUGGGGACGACAUCAACUACGACUACGACUACGAUUACGAUCAUCUCACUGUAAAACCCGAUUCAUGGGGAAUUUUCAACGGAACAAAACCCUCAAAGCCACCCAUUUACAUCACCAACCCCCCUAAACCACCCACUACCCCCAAUAAGCCCCUCGGAACGGUAACAAUCCUCGGUGAGGCGUCUGAGAGUGCAGAAAGUGAAUCUCAACAAACAUCAUCCACGGAGAAAUCAACGACCGUAAAGUACGCCUGGAAUGGGGAUCUGGAGAAGAUUCCCGUGGCUGUGAUUGUGGAUUCAGGGCAUAAAGUCAAGGGGAAGCCCGCAGCAAAGGGGAAUCUCAAUCCAGCUAAACGCCUCCAGAGACCCUUAACUGCAGGAUUGUAGAUGGAAGCUCUUCCGGAGGUUCAUGACGCCCCCACCGCAGAGAGAGAGAACAAUGAAUGAAUAAAAGUCCGUGCUAAAUUAACAAUCCAC